AACAAACAGAGAGGCCUCAGCAGCUUCCUCUGAGCUGACAGAUCCAGACUGUCUCUCAGAGCUUUGACUUAAAGAUGAGUUCCCCUCUGUCCAUGCUGAAGAAAGCGAGACGCACCCCCCUGCAGGGCCCUCCCGGUGAGCAAUGGAGCAGGGAAAAGGUGCCUUUCAGGAGGAAUCUGUUAAAAGAGUUUCAGGCAGAGCUGGUUGAUGAUGAUGAUGAUUCAUCUGAUCCAAAUCCUCCCAAACUGUGUCACAAUCCAGCCAGUGUCGCCCCCACCACAAAACCAAAAGCCCCACUGAAGAAAGGUGCUCCGCCGAGCAACCUUGAGCUCAUGUCCGCCAUGAUGCAGCGGGUGACCCUGCUGGAGAAACAAGUGAGGGGCCAAGCACAGGAGCUGGAACACAAGGAUAAAAAGAUCUCAGUUUUGGAGGAGAAGCUGCAGACUCAGAAAGAAUCAGAGCGUGCACGUGAUUUAAGUGGCAGAGAUGAUCUUGAAAGAAGGUGCCAAGAACUGCAGAAUCAAGUGCACGAGAUGGAGAGCUUUCUAAAUGACUACGGUUUGAUCUGGGUGGGGGAUGGAGAGAGCAGUGAUGCAGCCGAGUGUGAGCAGACGCACAGCUCAGGCACUUCUGGGGUCACGGGUUUCCACAUGAACUUCGACCUUGUGCUGCAGAGGAUCAAGGAGCUGAACAUCCUCGCAGGGGAGGGGGAGUCUUUUGUGCGGUCGACAGCCACAGGGGCACAGCUGGCACAAAAGGAUCCUGUCCACCUGAGGCUCUACAGCAACGGCAUUGUCAUGUUCGAUGGUCCUUUCCGCUCUUUUCGGAAGCACAGCACCCAGCAGUGCAUGCAGGAUCUGAUGGACGGGUAUUUUCCAUCGGAGCUUCAGGACAGAUUUCCAGACGGUGUUCCCUUUAAGGUUCACGACAGGCGAGAUGAAGAGUUUAUCUUCAGGCCACCGUGGGAUCGAUUCCCUGGUGAAGGACGGGCGGUUUGUGGGGAGAAAGAUGACUCAUCAAAUGUUGUCAGCUGUCAAACACAAGGAAAGAAACUGACCACGGAUCAGUUCCUGAGCAGGAUGCCCAAGGUGGUGGUCAAGGCCGGUCGUGUGAUCGAUAUCAGGGAGUCACUGAGAGCAACCCUGCAGGGUUCAUCUGCUGCCCAGAGCAGCGACCCUGCGAUCCUCAUAGACACAGCAGCACUGCAGGCGAUGAAAGAGAGACUGCAGGCGUCCAGCUCUGACCGGCCCUCGUCAGCCCGUGACAUCAUCACGCUCAAGGUGAAGUCCGAGGAUGGGGAUCAUACUUACGUGUUGACAAUGUGCUUCUCAGAGACAAUCGGCCACCUGCGACAGUACCUGGACAAACACAGAGGCGGUGGUCUCCCUGGUUAUGACAUCAUCAGUGCGUACCCACAGUGCUGCUAUGAAGACAACAGCAGGACGCUACAAUCGUGCGGCGUCACGACUAAUGCUACCCUGCUGCUGAGGAGGAGACAACACCCUGAAUCACUGACAGCAGUCAAACAAAUCGACCUAUAAACUAUUGUGUAUGACUUGUUUUUCUGAAUCAACCUUUUCAUAGCAGGCGUGUGUUGUCAUAGAAACAGAACAGAUGUUAGAAAAUAUUAUUGACAAUGGCUUUAUUCCAUUUAAGUGCUCAAGACCAGAGCCCUGAAACUGAAGCAGCUAAAUGGAAUUCAGCCAUGAAUGAUCUUAUUAUUUACACAUGCUUUUCCUAUUGUGUCAAAAUGACUUCAGUGAAAAAGAUUCGGAUGUUUGUUUUUGUCCCUCCCGAUAAUUUGAACUUUAGGUUUCUAUUGACAUGAUUCUAU